AUGUUUGGCUAUGGAUUCACAUUUGGCCAAAGGUUGGUGAACCCAUUCAUCGGAGUCGGCGACUACUUUUUCGAUCCUGAACGAGAAGGGCAAAUGUCAACCGACCAAGUGCAUCUUGUUGGUGGGAUAUCAGGUCUGGUGGCCACUUUAUAUCUGAAGCCACGUCAACACCGCUUCAAGGACCAACGAGCUAGACAGAUCAGCGAUCCGACGAAAGCCAUUUUAGGAUUCCUGAUGAUAUGGUGGGGAUGGCUGGCAUUUAAUACUUCGUCUAACUACUCCGUCUCAGGUCAGCAAUGGACAGAAGGAAGCCGAUCCGCUGUUGGGACUAUUAUGGCGUCAGUCGGUGGCGGAAUGGUUACAGUACUGAUUUCACGAUACACAACAAAAAAGAUCGAAGUCGACAUGUUCAUAGAUGGACUACUAGCUUCCUUAGUUUCGAGUACAGCCGGCUGCCUUUUCUACACCCCAUGGCAAGCUACGUUGGUAGGAGCGAUCGGAUCAACAUUAGCCCUGAUAGCUUAUCCAGUGUUGGAGAAAGCAAAGGUACGAUAA